AUGCGCGUGCGAUGGUGGCGUGCGGUGCUGGUAUGCGCGUGCGCGCUCGUGCUGCGCAGCGACGCGCUGCCGCCCGCUACGCUCGGGGAUGUCGUGGCCAAUGCCGCUUCCAGUCUCAACUCUAUGAAGGUAUCUGGAGCAUGGCGCCGCUUGUCGAGCACAGUGAGCGAGUCAGUGGGCUUGAAGUACGCGCUGCGUCGUCUGCAGACGGUGCCGGCGCGGGCAGCGCGGUUGGUGCACGCGUUAGUAGACCGCAUGCGCGUCGGCGGCGGGCCCGUAGUGAUGACUGAGCUGGGCGCGCUGCGCGGGCGCCGCGUCGUCGCUCGGACCACGGCGCAAACACCUUAUUUCAGUUUUAAGGGAAUCAGAUAUGCGCAGCCGCCGCGAGGUUCGCUGCGAUUCCGACCGCCGGCGCCGCUGGAACCCUGGUCGGGCAUCCGCGACGCCCUGGAGGAGGGCGCCGUCUGCCCGCACCGGUUCAUGUUGUUUGACACCUACAAGGGCGAUGAAGACUGCCUCUUCCUCAACGUCUACACGCCCGCGCUGCCUGAGAAGAUCACUGGAUUCAACCCAAAGCAAGCAGUGAUGGUGUGGAUUCACGGCGGGGCGUUCGCGGUGGGAUCGGGCAACUCGUUCCUGUACGGACCCGACCACCUGGUGGGCGCGGGCGUCGUGCUCGUCACCCUCAACUACCGGCUGGGCGCGCUCGGGUUUUUGAGUCUGGAGAAUGACGAAGUGGCGGGCAAUAUGGGACUCAAAGAUCAAGUACUAGCGCUGAAGUGGGUGCGGGAUAACAUCGAAUACUUCGGCGGUGACCCGACCAGGGUGACCAUCUUCGGAGAGUCGGCCGGGGCUGCCUCUGUGCAUCUCCAUAUGCUCUCACCAGCUUCUAAGGGUCUAUUCCACCGAGCUAUAGCACAGAGCGGCCUGGCAUUGUCCCCUUGGGCGCUGGCCAAGGACCCCAGAGAGAGAGCCUUCGACCUCGGCCGGGAACUUGGAAUCGACACCAACAGCACCGCUGAACUUCUAGGUUACCUCCGCGCCACGCCAAGCGAGCUUCUUGUGAAGGCAGGUGCGCGACUGGCUGGGGCUCCGGGCAAGAGCGCCGACCUGCACAGCACGGUUGCUCUGCCCUUCGUGCCAGCGGUGGAGCCCGACGCACCCGGCGCCUUCCUCACGCAGCCGCCAAGGCAACUACUCCCGGGGACUGAUGUUCCAUUACUGACGGGAUACAACGCGCAGGAAGGGAUUAUACUUUUCAGACGACUCCAACGCUACCCGAAGCUGCUGAGCGAGCUGGACCGCGAGUUCCGGCGCGUGGUCCCGCCGGAGCUGCAGGCUGGCGACGAGGUGCGCACACGCAGCAUCGCAGACCACAUCCGCGCCUUCUACUUCCAGCAGCGGCCCGUCGACAUGAGGAACAUUGACAGCUUGAUUGAUUUGUUCACGGAUGUGAUGUUCCUGCGGCCAAUACUAGAGACGCUCAGGCUGCAAGCCCAGACCAACCGGACCAGCCCUACAUACCUGUACCGGUUCGCCUUCGACGGAGCCCUGGGACUGUUCAAACGCAUGCUGGGCAUCAACCACCCCGGGGCGUGCCACGGGGACGAGAUGGGAUACUUGUUCUACUUCUCCAGGUUGAACUACAGACUCGACGAUGACUCCACUGAAUUAGCUGUAUCGAAACGCAUGGUCGACAUGUGGACCAACUUUGCUAAGACUGGAAACCCGACACCUCCAGACACAGACGGGAAGGUGGAUCUAAAGUGGUUGCCAGUGAACGACACGAAACGCGUGACGUACCUGGACAUUACGGGGCAGUUCACCCUCAAGACAGAGCCCGAAGCCCGCCGGGUGCGCCUCUGGGACUGGCUCUACGAAAACUACGCAAACAAGACGUCCUGAAUUGAAGUUGACUGCAGAAAAGUGAAUUGUGCCAGUGAAUAAAGUGCCCAGACGAUUAAACUUAAAAGAACCGAAUGAUAUUCGUUCCUAUGAAGAAAGUUUACUUUAAUUGGUGACUUAAAUCCGGUUGCGUGUUUAGCAAUUCCCAUUUGUUCUAAGGUUUUCGUGGCAAUAAACUUUUAGUUUGAUCUCAACGACUAACUCCGGUCGGAUGGCGAUACAAACUCGGGUCGAAGAGCAGCGACUUGUCCCAUUUCUUGUCUUAGAAAUGGCAAUCGAGACGCGAUUGUAAAUAUUGUUAUAGAGUUAUACUUUGUGAAUUUAUAAGCGAAUAUCCGAUGAGAUUUGCGAGAUUGGAAUGUAACUGUAUCCAUACCUCUAUGUCUAUAACCUACUUAAGUGUGUGUAAAAUAUUAUUAUCUGAAGUGUUAAAUUAGAGCACGUUGAUGUCUUUUACUUAGUAAGUAAUUUUGUUGAGAUAUCUGUAUAACGUCAUCAUUUUGUACUUGUUAUUUUCUCCAGGUCUCGUAAACUCAUCUCUAUGUGCCUAAGUUUACAAACUAAACAUAAGCUAAGAUUGUUGACUAACAUUGAUUAAAAAUAUUUAAAAACAACAA